AUGGCGGAUAAGGAGUCUAGCCCAGACCACACCCUGCACGUGUAUUACACGCGGUACUCGAGCUGGGGAGCCCGUGUAACCCUCGUGAUCUCGUACUUCGACAUCCCGUGCACGGUCAAGAUGUACCCGUUCGCGCCGGCGGUGGCAUCCGCCGCCGCGGGCCCUCCGGCGCACCUCGGGGGGUCGCUCCUCCCGGUCCUGCAGACGCUGUCGUCCAGCCCCGGUGCCGAAGACCUGCUCGUGGGCGACUCGCUCGCGAUCUGCGAGUUCCUCGCGGAGCGGUACCCGGGGAGGGGACUGUGGCCGGCGGACGGCGAGCUGCGGGCGCGCGCGCGCGCCGCCGCCGCCCAGAUGCACGCCGGCUUCUCCGCGCUGCGCGAUGCCUGCGCCACCGACUUCGUCGGCCGCUACACGGGCGCCGGCAUCGCGGCCGCCGUCGGGCCCGCCGCGGCGCGCGAGGCGCGCCAGCUAGUCACGCUGUGGAGCCGCGCCCGCGCGCAGACGCGCGAGAGGCUGCAGCGCCUCGGCGCCGCCGACGACGGCUUCCUGUUCGGCGGCUUCAGCAUCGCCGACGCGUUCUUCUGGCCGGUCCUGUGGCGCUUCCGCUCGUACGGGCUGCCCCUGGACGGCAUCACCGCUGACGGCCGCGCGUGGAUGGCCAGGAUGUGGAGCGAUACGGCGGUGCGGCGCGAGGCCGCCGGCUACUUCCGCCAGCUGGCCGAGCCGCUGUCGCGCGUCGCCAAGUACGACGACGUCUUCGCUGGCAACUCCGAUAUCCAGUACGACCGGUUCGCCGAGGACUGGACGUUUCCGGCCGCGUGA